ACAUGACGAGUUAUUCAUAUGUUUUUUUUUUUUAAAUUUAUUUUAAACUGUCACUAAUUUUGAAUUCAUAAAUUAUGCGUCAAUAUUUCAAAUAUUUUUCAAGCUUUAGUAUAAUAUCUCUUGCUGAUAAGGUUGUUUUAUCAUUGAGCAAUAGUAAUGUCCAACCAGACAAUGGUUUUGGUAAUGAAUAUAAAUGGCAAUCAUUAACCCAAGGUUUCAAACAAGCUAAACAUUUAAAAAAACCAAUAUUUCUUGUUGUUCAUAAAUUAACCUGUCCAGCUUGCAUUGAACUCAAGGAUAAAUUUUCAAAAUCAAUAAAACUCAUUGAGCUAUCACGUUGUUUUGUCAUGAUAAACAUUGAAAAUGAUUCUGAAUUAAUAAAAAGUAUAAAUUACUCACCUGAUGGAACAUAUGUACCAAGAGUACUAUUUUUUACACCAGAAGGAAAAUUAAUUUUAAAUGCUUAUAAUCGUCAUCAAGAUGCUGAUGAAGAACACAAAUAUUUUUACAGUUCACCAAGUCAAAUUAUCAAAGUUAUGCAGCAAGUUAUUGACAAUGAUGGUCGAAAUCCAUUGCCAGAAAUUUAAUCAUCAAAAACAAUUAUAAUAAUUAUUAAAAAUAAUGAUAAGCAACUUGUUAAAAUUUGAAAUGACAAAAAAGAUAAUUUACAAUUAAAACAAGAUAAUGGAUUUUAAAUCUUGGCGAAUCUUUUGGAUGAAUAAUUUCGAAAGAAAAUGAAACUAUGGUGGUGGUCGUGGUGGUGGUAGUGGUAUAUCAUCUUGAGAUGAAAUUUUAUCAACUAAAAUAUUGUCUUUGUCAGGUAGAAAUUUCUAUGACAAUAAAUCGAAAAAAAUUUUUAUAGAAAUACUUAUUAGUCAACAGGAAAAAUUAAAAAAUUAAAUAUUCGAAAUAAAAAUGUUAAUGAAUGAGGUAAAUUUAACAAAAGAUUUUUAAAUUUUUUCUACAAAUAUGAAAAUUAAAAAUAAACUGAAAAUAAAUACUUGUUGGUUUUACCACAACACAGUUUCAAGUAGUCCACCACCUAGCUUUAAAUUUUUUUUUCAACUUGUGUUUGCAUUGUUUAUUAAAUUAGUAAAAUGCCAACUCGAAAUGAGUCUUGCGUUUUUUCAAGUACCUAGUAAUCUCGCUAAUUACCAACGACCUUUUUUUUUUUUUUUCUUUUGAUUCUCUUUUACAAUUUUCUUAAUAUUAUGAAAUUUGUUUUUUUAUUAUUUUUAAAAUAAAAAAAUAGCAGUUAUUUAUAUUAAACAAGUUUUUCACGCAGACCAAUAUGCUUCAAAGAAAUAAGCAUCGUCAACUGGGACUCAUCAAAAGUAUAUACAUAUGUACAUUAACAAUAUGUACAUGAACAUGUGAGAAUAUUUGUUCAACACUGUGUUUGUCUCGUAGUUAAACUCGACGCGUGUGGUUAAUACGUGACUAUAUUUAUUUGGCUUUUUUACAUUUAUUUUUUUAACUUAUUGUCCUUUUACGAAGGUAAAACGAUGUUAAUGCUUGUGUACACAUACUUGCAAGUACGGUAAUUUUUUUAACAUGUUUUAUGUAUCUUAUUAAACAGACACUUAUCACGAGUGAAAUAAAAAAAAAAAUUAAAAUUUCCUUUUCAAAA